AUGAUAACAAUUAGAAACUACCAUAAUCAAGUUAUACUUAAAGAUGAAGAUAGAGAUAUGAUUAAAGCUCAACGAAACUACCUCACCAAGAUGUAUGGAAUGACAAUGGAGGAUAUAAAAAUAUUAGGUAAAAUGGCUGAUAGAAUCAGAGAAAGAUGGUUAAAAUUACAAGAAAAGCCCAAACCUUUAAGUCGGAUAGAACAAUUUAAAGAAAGAUGUAUGGAAAAUGAAAUUCAAACUUAUGAAUUAAGUCUUGGAAAAAUCGAUAAAAGAAUUAGAGAAUUUAAUGAAGAGAUAUCUUAUAAAAUCAUACAAUGUAAUACCCAAUUAGAAUAUGAUGAAAUCGACUUAGAUAGUGAUUAUGAGGAUAGUGAAGAUGAAACCCCAACUGAAUCAGAGAAUGAUAGUAACGAAAAUUUAAGUGAUAAUGACUUUGAAAGAGAAGAGAGAGCAAUGUCACCAAUACCAUACCCAUGUUGUAAUAAAAUACAUUGCAUAUGCUAUAAUCAAAUUGAAAUUGAUAAAGAGUAUGAAGAAUAUUGUUUAAAUCAGACUGAACAAAUGUUUGAAAAUCACUAA